AUGGCCGACCAACAACUUCAGUCACAAUUAAUAGAGGCUGCUCAAUCAACAGCAAUAAAAGCACAUAGUCCUCCCACCGGCCUCCCAUCAGCCUCCGACGAGAAGCCGACAUCGUCUGAAUCAACCCGACGGCGCAGGUCUUCAUCCAGGUCUCCUGCAGAUGCUUCGGGGAAACCUAGGGAAAGUCCAAAGCAGCGACAGAAAGCAAAGUCGGUGCCAUAUAGAGCAGAGUCAGGGUCGGGCUCAGGGUCGUCACGGGGUUCCAUCAUGACAAUGCCAGGGGGCGCGCUGGAUCCGAUGGGCGGCGAAAUCACGUAUACUCCGACGACACAUCGUAUUAGCAAGGCGAAGAAGGGGAAGAAGGUCCAUGCUUGCGAGUACCCAGGAUGUACUAAGAUCUUCACUCGGGCAGAGCAUCGCAAACGCCACGAAGCGAAUCACAAUACACAGCCUGCCUUUCAAUGUACGUUAGAAGGAUGUCGCAAGCCUUUUCAACGCGCGGACCUGCUAGCAAGGCACAUGGAAAGACAACACAAUAUCCCAGCAGAGACAUCGGCAUUCAGGAGUCCAUACUCUCAGCGCUCGACCAGCGAAGCCUCAAGUCCAUCCGCCAGAGGUAGCUUCAGCGGCCCACACAUGGGUCCUCCAGCCCCAGCACCCGCGCCAUCAAACCCUCAACCCUCCGGCACCAUGUCCAUCGGCUCCAUAAUCGAGCCUAACAUGCACCGAAGCAGCGAAUAUGCCUCCCACCGUUCAGGGCCAGGAGGUCUCCAUGAGCUCUCCAGUCAUGCACCAAUAGACUACUUGCAACCUCAACAAGCCCUUCCCCAGCCUUUUUACCCGCAAGACGGCAUUCAGCGCCCUGAACGUGGAAGCAUUGAUUCCUGCUUCCAACCGAUCAGUGUGCAUUCGCCUUUGUCUGGAGCGCCUCCGACACCGGCGUGGGGUCAGUAUGAUCAGACUACGUUGGGGUUUGCCCCUGAGGCGCCGAGUCUUCCUCCGCAUCGACAAUACGAGUUUCACUCACCCUCAUGGCCGGAUACGCAAGGCGUCCCUUCUUACGAGAUGGGCGUUCCCCCUCCACAGCAGCCAUGGCAAUGGGCGAAAGUGAACUACUGA